GCAACAAACCCAAAAAUCUUGCCGUUGUUGUCUCUUCUGCCUUUUUUCUUGAGGGGGGGUCAACAAAACUCAUCCCCUCACACCUGCAGUGACUCUUAAAUAAGCAGUUAAACAGGUGUGGGUCAAUAGUUUAGUUGCACAUGGAGGUAGAGGAAAUGGAGGAUGAAGGACCUUCGUCUCACAGUGAACUUCCACAUAGUGAUGAUCUCCAGUUGGCACAGCAGGAAUCGGCGUGUCUGGAGAGCUCAGCCCCUGUAGAGAAUGUGUUUGUGGAUAAGAAAGCAGUGGAUAAACUCACAGAGGGAUUACUGUCCCACUACCUGCCAGAUCUACAGAACUCUAAACGAGCCCUCCAAGAGCUCACACAAAAUCAGGUGAUAUUACUAGACACACUGGACCAAGAAGUCACCAAGUUCAGAGAAUGUAAUGCCUUAUUGGACCUAAAUUCACUGUUUACAGAGGCGAAGAUUUACCACAAUAAACUGGUGAACAUAAGGAAAGAAAUGAUUAUGCUGCAUGAGAAGACAACUAAACUAAAGAAAAGAGCUUUGAAGCUGCAGCAACAGAAGCAGAAGGAAGAACUGGAGAAGGAGCAACAACGUGAGAAGGAGCUCGAGAGAGAAAGGCAGCUUAUUGCCAAACCUGCUAAAAGAACAUAAGGUCCUCAAGUAUGACCGCUGUAUUAAAGCUUACAGGUAGUUUUGCAUGUUUCAGCCUAUUUACAACAAAUCGAGUAUCAUUUUCAUAAAUACUGACCAUUUCCCAAGGCAUAAGCAUUUUAAGAUUUUUUUUUUAAAAUGAUUAUUAGUUUUGGGGCAUGUUUGCCUUUGACAGAGACCAGUUGAGAAUGAGACUGGAAAUUUUAAGGGCUGAGUGAGGAGGGAUAACACGCAAGGUUUCUAAAUGGAUUCAAACUGAGGAUGUUACAGUCACAUAGUAUGCGUCCUAGACCACCACACAGUCCUGGCAUCUGAGCAUUUUUGGAUGAUUUAUUUGCCUUCCACACAACUGUUAUCUCUGUUAAUUUUGUUAUUAUGUUAAAAUCAACUUGAAAUUUGCUUGGGACAGGUAAUUUACAGUAUACAACUUAAUUUACAGUUAAGUUGUUCUGAAAAGUCUGCCCUAAAUUUCUGCCCAAUAACACAUCAGACAGAUUCCUGAUCAGGUUUUAAAUCUCUACAAGUUUAAAAUCUGACCUCCUGUUGUGUGCAUGAAACUUGCAUUCAAGUUCACUACCUGUCAGCUAUAGAUAUUUUUAAUUUUAAGGAUUAUAAGAGGACAAUGUCCCAAAUAUAGUAAAAUAGUGUGGGAAGGCCUCCGCAGUCAAAUGUGUUAUAAUGAACACACCUAUACUGCAACAGCAAUUAAACUAAACCUGUAUGUUUAUAAUUGAAACAGUCUUAACUGAAAGGAAUGGAAACAGUGGCUACCCAGUAGGUAAGAAAAAGCAUAAAAACUGUGAGAUUGUGGUAUUCUCUGGGAAUCCAUUCACUUAACAGACAGUAUUAUGUAUGUGAGUUUUAGUAAAUAGGCUUAAACAUGCAAAAACUCUUGAUCCUUUAAGUCUGACAUUGCCAAGAUCACCACAAACCAAAGACAUGGACUAAAUCAUCAAAUGCUGGUACUUCCCACUAUCAACCUCUGAGGACACACACAAACUCGAGCACUCGAAACUCCUGAGAACAAAAAAGAAAACAACUCAAGAGAUUUUCACCGGGAGAAGAAUCAAUGCGUUUGCUGUCUUUUGUUAAAGAUAAAGUGUUAAUAUAUCUUGUCGAGGGGCAUUGUGCCCCUAGUAGUGUUGAAUGUUGAACUGUUGUUAAGAAUCAGAUAGGUCUGCACUAUGUUUGACUGACUGUGUUUCUGGGGUCCAGAUAUUAUAAUGGAUGACAAUAUGUAUCAAAAGUUCCCCCCCACUACACACAGCAUAUUUAAAUUUAUUUUAACAGACGUUUCAAGAAGUUUCUAUGCACUACUAAAAACUGGAACUCCAUUGUUUGUACAAUUAAUAAUAAAAUCAACAUAAACUGGUUUGCUUUAUUAA